CUUUGGCCUACUCGAGUCUGCUAGCCUCGUUCUCAGAUAACAACAAGUAUGCUAUGGCGGAAGGUGUUUCCGUGCUCUCCAUAAGAAUGAAAGAAACUUUGUUCAAUGGAGAUAAUGGAAUGGAUAGUGUUGAAACAGAAUCCCAGGGAAGCAGGGAUGAUAUUAUUGAGCGUGAUCCAGGAUUUAUUGAAGACAGAUUUCGGGUAGAUAGGAAGAAAUUGGAACAAAUGCUCCAGUUAGUUCCGUCAAACGAUGACACAGACGAAGGCGCGGAGGAGUUUUUUCAAAGGAUUAUGGAGGAAACGAAUACGGAGAUUACCUGGCCGUCCAAAUUAAAGAUUGGAGCUAAGUCGAAAAAAGAUCCUCACAUCAAAGUGAUUGGUUACCCUCACAAUGUCAGUGUGGCCAAAACAAAGAUUAUGACAGUUCUUGACACCAAGAGCAAUCGUGUGACAUUAAAAAUGGACGUUUCCCACACAGAGCAUUCCCAUGUGAUAGGCAAAGGAGGCAACAACAUCAAACGUGUCAUGACAGAGACCGGAUGUCACAUUCACUUCCCAGACUCCAACAGAGGAAACAGUUUGCAGGAGAAGAGCAACCAGGUUUCAAUAGCCGGUCAGCCUGAUGGUGUUGAAACAGCCAGGUCACAGAUAAGGGAGUUGCUUCCCUUGGUAUUUAUGUUUGAGAUUCCAGUGAGCUCCCCUGUGACCACCAUACCAGAUGUGUCAUCUCCCCUUAUCCAGCAGCUCCAGCAGACCAACAAUGUCACCAUAAACUUCAAACAGAGGCCACGGACAUUCACCACUACUGCCAUCAUUCGGGGAUCCGUCCACAGUGCCAAAGGAGUGAAGCAAGUCACUGCCAGGUUGAUGGAACAGCUGACAGGGAAUGUGAGCCUUCCAGUGUCAAUGCAGCUUGAGAUAGCCCCCCAGCACCACAUGUUCAUCAUUGGAAGAGCUGGAGUUAACAUCAAACACAUCAUGCAGCAGACAGGAGCCAACAUUCUCUUUCCGGACCCCAACACGGCUGCCCCACAAAGGAAAGGCACUGUCUUCAUCAGCGGUAGCAUUGAUAGUGUUUUUAUGGCUCGCCAGCAGUUGAUUGGUUGUCUUCCUCUUGUUUUGAUGUUUGAUAUCAAGGAAACAAUUGAAUUAGAUCAAGGGAGGAUAACUCACUUGAUGGAAUCUCUGGAUGUUUACAUUAGUGUCAAACCUAAACCUAAACAACCAAGCAAGUCUGUGAUUGUGAAGAGCAUUGAAAGAAAUGCAGCCAACAUGUACUGGACCAGAGAAAUACUCCUAGGUCUUAGGUCUGACAUCCAGCAAAUCAAUGCCAUCAACUGCCCACCAAGUCCUUUGAGAUUAACUCCCUUGUCUUUUACUGGCUUAGGAUAUCUAAGUCCAAGUUCGCUCAGUGUCAACAAUACAAACUACCUGCACAGUGGCCACCCCAACACCAACACCUUCCUGUCCUCUGGCCAGCCCAGUACUACCAGCUUCAUCCCUGGUAGCCAAUCUAGCAUUACCAGCUUUUUACCUAGUGGUCAGCAAAGUAGUAGUACCAGUUUCUUGCUCAAUGGUCAGCACACAUCCAGUACUAUAGAUGUGAGUCAUUGUGCCACAAGUCCAGUCAUCAGCCCCAACCAAUGGGGGAACAAAACACAAGUUUAUAGUCCACUAAUGGUCAUCACUCCAGCGGCCAGCAUCUCGUCUAUUGACAUUUUGAGUCCACCAGGGUCAGUUCGGAAUGGCUUUCAUCCUGAAUUUGCUGGCAGUGCAUUCAUUCAUGUCCCCACACCUCUGGAUCAUGGUCCCAAUUGUAACACCAGUGACUCUGCUAGCCCCCCUCAGUCUCCAUCUAACAGUCCCACCACUGCUGGUCUUUGCAAAACUGCUGCUGACCUAGUGAACUUACAGAAGAGAGGGACACUAGGUGAAGUGUUGACCCAUGACACUUUGCUGGCCACCACACUCCAUCCACACCACCAACAGCAACACCUGCUCCAGCAACACCACCAACAGCAUGGCUUGACCUCACCCACCUCACAGUUGUACAAUGGGAGGAGUCAUACAUGUUCACACCUUAUGAAUGGUGACAGUAGCAGUGAAAAUGGUCGUGGAGAAAAUCAUCCGUCAGAUAAACUGGCACCAGGAAUAGAAAGAAAAAGUUCCACAACUUCCCUGUACUCCUCCAAUCUACAAUAUGGCUUUGAUUAUGAACAGAAGAAGUUGCUGGCCAUGAAAGCCAUGCAGAAGAAGCCAGAAGGAGAGUCAAGGACACCAACAGACAUCUGGGCAGGUAUGGGCUUCUCCAAGUCUAUGCCAGAGUCAGCCAUUAGAGAUAAACUGGGUCAGAUGGGCAUCAGUGCCAGAGUCACAGACACAUCCAUCACUUCAGGUUAUGAGCCUAACAGGCCAGAGAUAGACUUAAACAUAGAUAAAGAUUUGUGGACUGAUGGGACAGGCUCAUCUAACAGACCUUUAAACAAAGCUCCUGGAGAAUAUCCAAGUCCUAGGAAAAAAUUUCAGUAUGGUUUAAGCCACAGUAACCAUGUUGAUAGUGCCAGCUUGCCAAGCUCUAAAGCUAUGUGGUCUACCAAGACAGAUUUGGCAGAACUCUUUAGUGCCCUCAGCCUUGGCAAGUACACAGAUCUGUUCCAGCAGCAGGAGAUUGACCUGUCCACAUUUUUGACCCUUUCUGACCAUGAUCUCCGUGAACUUGGAAUCUCAACUUUUGGAGCCAGAAGAAAAAUGUUACUGGCUAUUGCAGAUCUCAAUAAACGACGAACUCUCUUACCUUCAUCAAGUUUAAGGACGUCCUCAUCAAUUGGUCAAGGUCUACCUGCUGACACCAAUACCAGUGACAGCUUAAGGGCUGGAGGAAACAGUGUGAGUCAAUUGUUCCCUUCACCCAGCCCAGCCCCCUCUUUGAUCAACAGUCGAGGUGGCCCUGACCUGGGAAGUCUAAGUGGACACUGGUAGCUCACUAAACUGCACAAAGCUAAAAUGUACAGAAACUUGGACUAGACUCUUUUUGGAACAUUUAAUAUAUGUUGAAAUGUAAUAUUUGUUCAACACAACUUUUCUUUUGACAAGUCUCAGCGGAGAUUAUGCUUGUUUCAGAAUUUAUUUCCUCCGUCCAAUGGGGACUGUCGCUUGUUUUCAAGCUCUUUCUUUCUCUAACUGCUGAUCAAAAUAAUUUUGUACAAUGUUUUUGUUUUCUCUUUCAAACCAUUGACAAUGUUCACAAGUUGGUGUCAGAUGUUUCUAUUGGCUCAUUCAGCUGGCCACAUUUUACUUAGUACUUUUUUUUUUAAAAAGUGUUGGAUGUACUUUUGUUUGUUGUCUUGCUGUUUUUUUUCGGGUUGCAUUUUUUUUGUGUGCACAUAAAUUUUGUUCAUAAAAGUAACAACGAUGAUAAAUGACGAAAUUUCCUUCGAUGGAUGCUCCAUAUUUUCCAUGACAACAAUCUUGCUCAACUCUAAGAGUUGUGGGUCUUGCUUGAUAUGUUUUGUUUGUAUUGAUUCACUGACUAGUUCAGUCAGUCUUGCUCUGUGAUCUGAGUCUUCAGUUCCUUUCAUUAACUUUGGUUCAUUCAAAGAAUUUUGACAAAUGAGAAAUUAGUUUAGCUAUUGUAGAAUUGUAAACAUUUGCUUUUUGAGAAAUCCUGGUAGUGGAGAGUAGGUCUGUUUUAGUGAAGUUGUCAAUCAAUUGUCAGCUACAUAAUGGUGGAGAAAUCAGGAAUUGAACAUGUUUUCUUGAGGUGCUGUUAUUUAAUGAAAAAUAAAGUAUACUAUUUCGUUAAUUUUUUUCUUUUACUUAACUAAAUAAAGUCAGGUACUUCAUUUGUCAGAAAAUUGUACAAGGUUGUUGUUCUUUGAUUUUGAUAAUGUAAUUGAUUAUAUUAAUUAAAGAUAUUCUGCUUACAGUUCAAUCUAAAGCCCCAUUAUAAUUAGCAAAAAAGAAUUUUUUUUUUAUAACUUGGUGGUUAUCACAGCUAAUAUUAAAUACAUAAUAGGUAGAGGUAAUACAGAGGAUAUAAAUUAUUUUAGCAGUUACUACAUUUGGCUAUGUUCUAAAAAUCUGCAGACAUUUCCUAAUUGAAAUCUCUCUCAUUUGAUGAUGUCUUGUAGAACAAAGGCUUCAAUGUGUUCAGUCUUGACUGAGAGAGAACUUUUUAUGUUUUUAGCACCACAGCACUGAUGCCAUCCUUAUGUGUUGUUGUAAAACUCUUGGUUGUUCUCAGUUUUCAAAGUGGUGAAGCAACAUAUUUCUGGCUGCCUGGUCGUGCAGUUUGUGCGCUGGACUGUCGUUCAGAUUUAUCGAUGGUCGAGGGUUCAAACCCUGCCAGCUCCCAACCCCCGUCGUCCUGCAGGAGGUUUGGACUAGGAAGUAAUUAUCUUCAACUCUGAAGGAACAUCCGAAACAUGUAAAACAUUUUACAAACAUUUUUACAUUUCUGUUCAUAAUCACACAAUGUCUCUCUGCUUAAAAGUUAAAAAUACAAGAUUAUACAAGUUCAGACAUCUUUGUUUACAUAAUACAUGAUUGUGUCAACUUUUUAAGAAUGUACUACAAAUGAGUUUUAAAUAAAAGACAUAAUUUAAUGGCAUACAGAGCAGAUUAAUAGACAAAUUAUCAAAUAUUUUUUUUUAUCCAAAUUGUAUAAAUAAUCAAACUUAAAUGUGGUCUCCAAUCUUGCUGAGCAACUUGUGUAUAUUUAGUUGUUUUGUUUUUAAAUUGUAUUUACCUGUAAUAAUAAUUUACAUAAAUAAUGUAUAAACAAAUAAAUUGUAUUGUAUAAUGUGAUGAGGUAUAGAAUGAAACUGGGCAAAGAUUGUUAGUACUUUUGUUUAUGUCAGUUUUCACAUUCUUUAGAUUGAUACUUCAGCCAUAAAUUUUGAAGCUACAUCUUAAGUAAACUCUAGAUAUUCCAUUGAGUACUGCUCUAGCCUUUAAUUAAUACAAGAUGAUAAUCUAUGACAAAGUUGAUCUCCAACUAAUAGGGUGCCUGGAGGUACAAUGUUUUUCCUGGAGUCAAAAUUGAAGAAAGAAAAACAGAACAUUAAAACAUAAGUACAAAAGAAAAUGACAGCUCUAUUAGUUGUACAUGUGUUGCAUAUGUUGAGCUCUAUUAGUUGUACAUGUGUUGCAUAUGUUGACCCUCUCUGGCAAUGUCUCAUCAACAUAGAAGUUGUCUCAUUUAGAGUGAGCUCCCUUCAUUCUAUGACCUAACAAGAGUUACUUUUAAGUUUAAAUUGUAUUUAUUUUGUAUCUGGAUAAAAUUGUACAAAUUUGCCUUAAAAUACUGCUGAGUAAAUUAACAUUAUUUUUAUAACUAUUUGUUUCAGUAUUAUUAGUUGCAAUGUAAAUGACAGUGACUAUACGCUCUAGUAUCAGUCUACAAAGUUAGAAUUUUACGGAACAAUUUGUUUCCUUGCAGUAUUUUUUUUAAUCUGCCUUAGUAUUAGUUUGAAAUAAACUUGAAAUAUUGUCUGCGAUGUUCAAUUUCUGUGAUCAUGUUUGGUGCUUUGACAAAAUAUUGUUUAGUUCUAGAAGUAUUUCUUUCUUUCUUGUCCGUCCAAAGGAAAGUUGUUUUAUUUUUCACGUUCUUGCCAUAACAAAAGAUUUUUAUGAGGUCAAGUCAAGGUUUAUAUACAAAGAAGUUUUAUUUUUUUUUUCCUUUUCCUACAAAUGCUCUACUUGAAGAUAAAACCAUUUUAUGUAAAUAUAACUUUGUUAAGUCAAAUAUUAAACAAAUAUUUUAGAAUUGCUAGUUUCUUUGUUCCCAUGAGGACACCACUAGUGUGAUAACAAAAACAAAAGUUUGAUGUUUCUAGCUUGUGCUCAACAAUGAAAGUCCUAUGAACACAUUUUUUUUGGCUUUUGUUUUCUCCUAAUGCUAAUGUAUAUUCAUUGUAUUGUAUCAAGCAAGAUCCACGUUGACUGCGUCCAUCGAAACCCUCAUGUUUUACUGACUAAGAAUCUUGUAUUGAAGAUUUUGAAACUUUGAUGUCAAGACAGCUUUACUAUUUGACUGAAAUCUUCAACUUUGGACUUGAAACAUUCCUGUCACAGAAUUGACGAAUGGUUUAACAAAAUUAAAAAUCAAGCCCCCCUCUUCACUUUUUUUUGUGUGUUCAAGUAUGUAACUAAAUUUUUUUUUAAUUAUAUUUUAGGUUUUAUUGUAAACAAGGUUAAUGUAUUCUAUAUUUUUUUUUUUUUAUUUUGAAAAGAGUAUUGUAAAAAAAAAAUUGUUUAAAGUAAAAUAUAUUUAUGUUAAAUAAUGAUUAUUAAAACAUCAUUCUCUAGCACUGCCAGAACUGACAUUGGUCAAAGAGAAACAGAAUAAUAUUUGUUUUGAUGAUUUGUUCUUUUUAUAAAAAGGUGAAGCUUUUAAGUUUUUUGUAGAUCCGAUGAGGGAAACUGUUGCCAUGACUUGAAUUAAUCAUUACCGGUUGUAUUUGACUCAAGAAACUUUGAUGCAAGACAAUUUUUGUCAAACAAAACAUGUAGGUCAGUGAGUCUUCAGAAGAUUGGCUUUCCACCAUUGUCCACACUGGCUGUGUCCAGAAGCUGGUUGCUCAUUCUCCUCCCAGUCCACUUAUUCUUUGCUAGUAGACAACAUUUGUUAUGUUGUCAUUCAAUACCUUUUAUUUUUUUUUUUGUAAGUGUAAAAAAAAAGUUCCCCUUUCAGACCUUGCGAUCUAUAGAGCAGAUGAUGUAAAGGUCAUCUUUCUGUGGCCCAUGGUUAACAAGGGUGUCAUGUGGCCAGCAUGAUGACCAACCACCUUUACUUUUCCCCAACUAGUGUUAGGUACCUAUUAGAGCUGGGUGGACUCAAAGGCGCCCAAAGAUCCCAAAAUUUAAAAGCCCAUUCAUCACCAGGAUUCAAACCCGGGACUUCCGUUCAGAAGCCAAGCGCUUUACUGUUCAGCCACUGCACCUCCUUUUUGUAAGUGUGCAAGAUGAAUUAAAAUUUCAUAAAAUUUCCUCUAAAAGAGCAGCCUAGAGUUCCUUCUUCUUCUAAUUACAUACUUUCUGUGAUUGAUCAGGGCUGUCUGACAAGAAUCCUGGCCAGUAUUGUAGCUUAUAAUGAUCUUGUUAUCAAUACACAAUUGUCCCAUGCCACACACCCUCACAACAGCCAGAUGAUGACAGCCUUUAUAAUUACAAAUAAUAACAAUGUAGACAAAGCUAACAAUGCAUAUCUUGCAUUGUUUUCAUGUGAAUGAGCUGCUAGCUUAACACCAGCCAAAGUCAAUUUGAGCCUUUUGUUGUUUCUAUUGAAAACAUAUAUAUAUAUAUAUAUGUUCAUAUGCAUGAAUUAUUCACUAUGAUCAUUGAAAUAUUGUUUCUUUGUUUGAUUUGAUAUGUUUUUAAUGUUCAUUUCUGUUUGUUUUAUUCAAUAUAACCUAUAGUAUUUGUGAGAAAUGAUUGAUCCACCUUGGUGGUCAAAGUGAUUGGAUGGUUUCUCCACCAAUGCAACUAUGCAGGUCAUGUAUGGACAACUGACUGGGACUAGCUGGACUUUGAAAGUUAUCCUGAUGAACCUUUUUGGCAAAACUAGUUUUUAUCUUGAAUUACACCUAGUAGGACAAAUGUAGUCUACACGUUUAGAAUCUCCAAUCAUUAAUAAUAGGCUGGGGUCAUUUGUAUCAAAUUAAGAAAUGGACAUUAGCUAGUUAUUAGCACAUUAAAAACAAAGUACUAUGUGAGAAUCCAAAUAUUAUGGAAAAAACUUUUAUUGUUACUACUAUAAUAAUAAUAAUAAUAAUAAUCUUUAUUAUCCGUAAGGAAAUUUGUCUUACAAUUUGUGCAUUACACCAAACAAAAAACAUUAUAACUAUAAGAAACCAAAGUGUACAUUCACACCAGACUCACUCAUAAUUUACAUGUGACAAAGUUUAUACCAGAUUGUUCUUAUUUAAUGAUUUGAUUGCCAGUGGAACAAAAGUAUAUAGUUUCAGCAUUAAAUUAUAGAGUAGGAAAAUAAAAGCAACAGUAAAGUUUUUCAAACACAACUAUUUGCCAGAUUGGAUUCUGUUUCAGUCACAAUGUACAAUUGUGUUGACUAAUUCUGUACAUAUUGUUUGAAGCUAAAUUCUGUUAGGUUUUAGUUUGUAAUUAUUUUGUUGUCAAUAAGUUUUUAUAUUUUCAUUCAUGACUUUUUAAGUUUCCUCCGUCCAAAGAAAAAGUUGAUCAUGUGAUGAAGUUUUAUUUGUAUUUAACUAUUUAGUCAAGUCUCAUUUUUGUAUUUGGUCCAACAUUUUUGUUUUAACUUUUUUUUUUAUUAACAAGUUCAGUAACUGAUACAUUUUACAUAAAGUUUUUUUUUUAUGCCAAUAAAUAAAUUUCAAAUUUA